GUACAGCGUUGGUCUACUAAGGUAUUGGAAGGAAGAAACCUUUAAUUGUCGAUUUUUCGUUUUAAGAUAAAUCAAAGUGCGUGUUAUUCUCCAGUACCAUCUCACAUAUUAUAAAUCGACAAUUGUCAGAGUUGAUUCGAUAUUAGUAGAUCAUGGAGAAAUUACAAUUUGAGGUUGAGUUGGCUGCAGAUGAAGAUCCAAAGAAUAACAUAAUGGUUAUAAAGUCAAUUACCACAGAGGACGGAAUAACGUACCUCAUACCACUAGGUUUUCAAGCAGUAAAACACCACCCUCAAUUGAUAAAGUUACCAGAAUUUUUGAAGAUAAAAAAGACAUUACAGAGAAGAGGUAAUAAUAGAAAAGUGUGGGUGUUCAUGCCAAGUGAUAUUUUAGCACUGUACAAAGAUGAUGUUGGAAAUAUGAUGUAUAAUGAUUAUUUAUUACAAGAAAUGACUCAAGUCACAAGCCAAUCUAUUACAGAUGGAAAAUUAUUGGAAAUAUUAGACAAACUAAGCGAUAAAUCCAAGGUAAACGAAGGAAAACAUAACAGUUUGAACAAAUUAAAUGAAAAAUUUGUUUUAAAGAAAUUUGAUAAUAAAACGACUAAUGCGAAACAAUGGUUGCAAAGUUUUGAAAGUGAAUGUGUAAGAUUUGAUUUAAAUAGUGAUACAGAGAGAAUUAUCGCUUUAAGAUUAUUCUCAAAUGACUCAGAAAAUGAUUGGUAUGAGUCCAUGUUAAUUAAACACGGCUUAAACACCCUAUGGAAAAUAUGGCAAGAGAGUUUUCUUAAAACAUUCGCGGAUAAGAGUUGGUCUUCUGUAAUGUAUGCACUGAAUUUCAAACAUUUAAAUGGCUCACUGCUGGAAUAUGCAUUGAAAAAGCAGAGAUUGCUACUAGAAUAUAAUAGUGAUAUAGAUUUGAGAACUCUUGUUGACUUGAUUGUCGCAGGAUUGCCAACUUAUAUUACAAAUAAACUAGAUCGGCAAGAGAUGACAGAUCCAACUCUUCUAUUUAGUGCCCUACGAAUGCAUGAAAAUCAUAAUAAAAAUGUCCCAAAACAUUUUACCGAGACAAAGCGCUUCACUAAACCAGAAAUGGAAAAUAAAAAAAGAACUUGUCAAAUAUGUUUUAAGAUGGGAAAGAAAAAUAGAUUUCACCCUGAGAAUUUGUGCUGGUACAAGGAAGACAAAAAUGACGGCGUAAAACACUGCAAAAACUUGAUGUUGGAAAUCGAUCAAUUUCAGGAUACAAAAAACUAA